CCGAGGCCCUCCGCGCACUUUCGCACCCCGACAGGAAGGCUAGCAAGCCCGGCCGACGCUUGCCACAGCACAGCACAUCAUGGCAUACCGUCUCAUAACCCAAGUCGUCGUCGUCGGCACGCGCGUGCUCGGCCGCGCCUUCGCCGAAGCGUACAAGCAAGCGUCGGCCUCGAGCCAAUACGCGCGCGCGCAAGCCAGGGCGGGCAACGGCGGCGGCGCGUCCGGGCGCGCCAACCUCAGCACGGGCAUGACGCUGGACGAGGCCUGCAAGAUCCUCAACGUCAAGCCGCCGCAGGGCGGCAAGGCCGACCUGGACGAGGUCAUGGAGCGCUUCAAGCGCCUGUUCGACAACAACGACCCCAAGAAGGGCGGCUCCUUCUACCUGCAGAGCAAGAUCCUGCGCGCCCGCGAGCGCAUCGAGGCCGAGGUCCGCCCGGCCAUGGAGAAGGCCGCCCAGGAGGCCGAGCUGAAGGAGGGGUGGAAUCCCAAGCUUUAUAAGGACAGGUAACCCCGUUGCUGCGGUUGUCCUUUUUUGGUGGAGGGGGCGCUUGCCCGCGAGACGCCGCGGACACUGCGCGGGCGUCUACCGCCUCCGUUCGGCGAUAAUUGAGGACAUACCAUAUUGGAACUGGAGUGGCGAAGCUUGUCGCGAAAUGCGCGAUCAAGACGGCGACCCAUCCGAGGCGGCGAUACUCCCCGGCGAGAGAGCGCCGGCAGCGGUCCCUCGACGCACGGAACGGAUCUGUGGACGUGAGCCACGGCGGCUCGAGCCUGCAUUUCCCCAUAUUCCCAUGUACACACACAUCUUCACUCGACUUUGGGCAGGCAUGGCGUUACGCGGUUGGGGGAUUUGGGACGGUGCACACGCUUUGAAUGCAUUGGGUUAGACACCGCCACACACCACGACGACGCCCGCUGUUCACAUCUUUGCUGUUUUAAAUAUACCUGUAUCAUACCUGCGGUGGGUGGCGGAGUGAAUGGGCGAUCUCAGCUCGCUCGGGAAUAUGGUGCAUCUUAGAGGAGGGGGCAGGGGUUUGAGGACUCAGCGAGCAGAAGGCGGCUCGGGGAGCAAUCUUGAAAGCUUUUGAACCACAUCGAGAAUCCGCUGCGAGGUUGGGCGUGGCAUUGACGCUCCCUUGUUUUGCUCUGAUGUACGCAUUACCUUGACAGCGCAGUACUUGUGGAAAGUUCUCAGCCAGCCAGCCAGCCGGAAGCAUUUGUCUUCACCUUGCUACCUAGGUAGCAUGCGGUCCCCGGCAGCUGUGCAGCGCAUCCGAUGAGCGGG